GACGUCACCGGUUCCGUCCCAACACGGAAAUAUGGAAUAGCGACAUGAACUGCUGCGCUGCUGUUAUUAUGGAUUGAAAGUGGUACUGCUGUCUUAGCUUUCAUCGUGUUUGUUGACUACCCACGCGGCUUCAGCGAUGUUAAACGGCCGGUGCUAACUUUCUGACAGAUGGGCGCCCACGCUGGAAAUGGAGAGAGAGUUCGACCUCUGUUGUUAGUUCAAUAGCUUUAACCCUCCGUUUGUUCAAAGCCAUGAAACAAAGUGUUUUGAGGGUCAUGGGGGCUCUGGAACGCCUGCUGCUUUCUCUCCUGCUGCUGUCCUGGGAAGGCAAGCUAUUGCAGGUUGGAGGGGUCAGAUCAGUCACCCUACCAGAAUCCCUCCUGUUCGUCUCCACGCUGGACGGUAGUCUGCAUGCUGUCUCCAAACAGUCUGGAGACAUAAAGUGGACCCUAAGAGAAGACCCUAUUAUUCAAGUACCGGUCUACUUCACAGAGCCGGGUUUUCUCCCAGACCCCAAUGAUGGCAGUUUGUAUGUUCUGGGCGGCAAACACAAGGAAGGCCUGAUGAAACUGCCCUUCACCAUCCCAGAGCUGGUUCAGUCGGCUCCCUGCAGGAGCUCUGAUGGUAUACUCUAUACAGGGAAGAAGCAGGAUGUGUGGUUUGUGGUGGAUCCUGAGACAGGUGAGAAGCAAACCAGUUUAACCACCUCCUCCUCCGAAUCCAUCUGUCCUAACACUCCCCUGCUGUACAUUGGACGCACAGAAUACAUGGUUACCAUGUUUGACACCAAGACACAAGAGCUGCGAUGGAACGCCACAUACAAUGAUUACUCUGCUCCACCUUACGAUGACAAACAAGACUACAAGAUGGCCCAUCUUGUGUCGAGUGGUGAUGGACUUGUUGUGACAGUUGACAGAGAGACAGGUGACGUCUUGUGGAGUCAGAACUAUGGAUCGCCCGUCGUAGGGGUCUAUCUGUACUCUGGCGACACACUAAGACACGCCCCCCACCUGUCCCUCGCCAUGGAAACGCUACGCUUCCUCACCUUCUCCUCUGCCAACGACCAUGAAGACGCACACUCUACGUUAAAGUGGAGCUAUCAGUUUGUGAAGGAGCAAGCCACUGCUCAAACACAACUCGUACCCACUCUCUAUGUAGGAAAGUUGGACUCCCACCUCUACGCCUCCACUUCCCUUGUCCACCAUGGAGUCUCGUUAGUGCCUCGGGGACUGACCUUGGCUCGAAUUGAGGGUCCACUGACGGCCGGAGUGACAGUCAGAGAGCGAGGGGAGUGUGAGAUCACACCGUCCACUGAUGUACGCUACCCACCAGGGAGCACAAACAGCCGGAAAAACCACUGGCUGCUAAUAGGUCAUCACGAGCUUCCUCCAGUGGCUCACACCACCAUGCUGAGGGAUUUCCCAGUCGGCCUGCAGCGUUCCGGUGAGGCAGUCAUCCCCCCGCGCCCUUCUGCCUCCUCCGCCUCCCAUGCCUCCUACUACCAUGAGCGCUACUUCCAGACAGUUGCUGGUAGCCAUAGCGACACUAAUGCUAAUAGAGGAGGGGUUGAUGCGAGGACAACUGAACAGGCCCAGAGGCCGGUCGCUGUGCUGCCUAUCUAUAUGACUCCGGACCGUCUGACUCUGGCUGUUCUGACGCUGCUGCUCGGAGGAUGGCUGGCCUUCGCGCUCACGUACCCCGUUCGUGCAGCUCAUCAGCUGAAAGCUCAAAGGCAGCUGGAGGAGGCCUUUGAGUCUCGCCUCCAGCGAAUGCAUAACAACAUGCAGAACAACAUGCAGACCAGCAUGCAAACAAACAUGCAGAAUAACACGCAGAACAACAUGCAGACCAGCAUGCAAACAAACAUGCAGAAUAACACGCAGAACAACAUGCAGACGAGCAUGCAGACCAACGUGCAGAGAGGGACCUCGGUUUCUUCGGAAACAACCCUUUCUACUGACACAAACCCCUCCGGUGACUCUCAGCCUGCAUCUGCUGACCCUCCACCAAGUCCUCACGCUCACAGCAGCAGCAGCACCUCAGAUGUCGAUACAAAUGGCACCACAGGGCACAAUCCCACAGCAGUAGGAAACGGUGAGGAAGUGCGGGUGGGUAAAAUCUCUUUCACUCCAUCUGAGGUGCUCGGACACGGCACAGCGGGAACUUUUGUCUUCAGGGGUCAUUUUGAUGGACGCCACGUAGCGGUGAAGCGAAUACUGCCGGAGUGUUUCGAGGUAGCAGAGCGUGAGGUGCAGCUCCUCCGAGAGUCUGACACUCACCCGUACGUCAUCCGAUAUUUCUGCACAGAGAGAGACCGCCUCUUCACUUACAUCGCCAUCGAGCUGUGCGCUGCCACCCUGCAACAGUAUGUGGAGGAUCCGUCUUGCUUUCCUGAGGUGAAUCCUAUAACUCUGCUGGGACAGACCAUGUGUGGCCUCUCACACCUCCACUCACUCAACAUAGUCCAUCGUGAUCUGAAGCCUAGAAACAUCCUCCUUUCUGGUCCCAGUGCGCUGGGUCAGGUCCGAGCUCUCAUCUCUGAUUUUGGACUCUGUAAGAAGAUCCCAGACGGUCGGAGCAGCUUCUCCUUGAGGUCAGGAAUACCAGGAACUGAUGGGUGGAUAGCUCCCGAAGUACUGCGAGAUACUCCGGGCAACAAACCGACAGCAGCGGUGGACGUGUUCUCAGCAGGCUGUGUGUUCUACUUUGUGAUCAGCAGGGGGCAACACCCCUUUGGUGAUUCAUUAAGACGGCAGGUCAACAUCCUGUCAGGAGAAUAUUCACUCUCACAUUUUAUGGACGACAUACAUGAUGACGUCAUAGCACAGGAUCUGAUCGAGCAAAUGAUCAGUGGCGAGCCCUCCGCCCGGCCCUCCACCGCCUGUGUGCUCAAACAUCCGUUCUUCUGGAGCCCCGAGAAGCAGCUGCUCUUUUUCCAGGACGUUAGUGACCGCAUAGAGAAGGAACCAGCAGACAGUCCGAUUGUGGUCAAACUGGAGACUGCAGGAAGAGCAGUGGUUCGAACCAACUGGAGGAUGCAUAUCUCUGUGCCUCUACAGACAGACUUGAGGCGGUUCAGGACAUAUAAAGGAAACUCAGUCCGAGAUCUGCUGAGAGCCAUGAGGAAUAAGAAGCAUCACUACCACGAGUUGCCACCGGAGGUGCAGGAGACUCUCGGUGAGCUGCCAGAAGGCUUCGUCAGCUACUUCACCUCACGGUUUCCACGGUUACUGAUGCACACGCACGCAGCUCUGCACAUCUGCUCCCCUGAGAGAUUGUUUCACCCCUACUAUCUGCAACCCAACGCCAAAUCGCAAUAACAUGACUCUGCACUCCAUACUCUGUGUAUAUACACACACACACACACACACACACACACACACACACACACACACACACACACACACAUUGGUGAACUUACAGUGCCCCUUUAUUGCUUUUGUAAAGCCCAUACUGUUUUGGGGGAAGAUACAGUGCUGUGAAAAAGUUUUUAUAUGGCUUGAGUUUUUAGAUUCAUUAGGGUUUUUUUGCAGCUCUUGAUCAAGAAACAAUUUUAAGAUUAAAUUACAAAGCACUCCGACUGCAUACCUCCACAGAAGCUGCAUACAUUUGUUAUAUUAAUAAUAGUAAAUGUUUUUAAACUACAUUUUUAACGUGUAAGUCCAUCAGAAUGUUUGUAUUAGGAAUAGUUCAGCAACGUGUUUCCUCUAAACAAAUUCAGGAAAAAGGCUUUUGGUGAGUUUUAUAAAAGUCAUCGACAUGUUCAAGACAUUAGGGGAUUCUGUUACUGGAGCACUGCCUGAUUUUGGUUGAAGGAAACAAACACAGUGCAGUUCUUAAAUGAGGAGACCUGGAGAACACGGUCAAAGGAAGAGCUUUUUAAUAAGUUGCAGCAAAAAAAAAGA